AUCCGGCCAGAAGAUCACUGUCGAACAAAGAUUGUCCAAUAUACAAGUCAAGACGUACUCGACAGCUUCCUGGCCCGAAUCAGACGAAGCCGCUUGCCGAGUACACAUAUCUGGAGCUCUCUACACAAUGUCCGGCGUGACAAGACUGCCAGCAGUGGCAGCGACUCUGACCGUUGCUGGUCUGGUGGUCUACACUGCACGACACUUCGGAGCCGGCACCAACAUGCUCAAACUCGCGGCAGCAGCGUUCGCUCUCGCCAACUUGAAGCAUCUCCCGGGAUUCUGGCAUCUCCGCGUCCUGCGCGGCAUCAUCUACCAAAUCUACUUCCAAAAAACCCCGAUCCGACCGAAACACCUCUUCGCUCCACUCAUCACUCAGUCCUACAAUACCCCCUACGACUGCGACUACAACUUCCACAAAUCCAAUUCGACCUACUUCGCCGACCUGGACGUCGCGCGUGCCCACCACGUCUCCGCCAUUACCCGCGAAGGAAUCGCACGUCUUCGCCGCGGCGACCAGGAAGGUCUACCCAAGUCCAACGUCGAAGCCAAGGGCCAGUACAUCGUCGCCCUCGGAGGCGUGACGUGUUUCUUCCAACGGCAAAUCGAACCAUUGCAGCAAUUCGAGAUAUACACUAGAGUACAGAGCUGGGAUCGGAAGUGGUUGUACGUCGUUUCACACAUCGUCAAGAAGGGAGCUAUCAAGCCGGACUCCUAUGUUCUGCAACCGUGGAAGAAUCGCGAGAAGAAGGGUACAGCGGGAAAGAAGAACGGAGAGCAGGAGGAGGACUUGACGAAAUACAUCUUCGCCACGAGCUUGUCUCGCUAUGUCUUCAAGAAGGGUCGAUUGACUAUCAAUCCGGAAAUCGUGCUCGAGCGAUCACGUCUUCUUCCGCCGCGACCUGCUGGUGUGGGUUAUCCGCCGCGAACGGAAGAGGCUUCGGGGACGAGUUCUGGUACGCCGUUGUUUGAGCCGGCGACGCCGAAUGAGGAGUGGACGUGGGAUGAUAUGGAGAAUGAGAGACUGAGGGGUUUGGAGCUGGCGAGUCAUUUUGAUGCAUUGGGUGGGAUCCAUGGGGAACUGAGGGGAGGGGAUGUGUUGGGCAAAUUUGGAGAUUAUUGGUAG